CAUCCACAAUUCCUUCCCCUAGUUCAUGGCAUAGAAUAUACCGUCCUUUCUUUUCUUCACCAAACACUCACGUGAUGGCGGCAACCAUGGCUUCGUACUAUGUCCCGCAGGGUCCGACGGCCAACGGCAUAUCGGACAUUGAGAGGGAGCUCGAGGAGCUUCGAGACAGCUACCGACAGGUGUGCGAGGAGCGGGACGCCUUAGAGGACCUUCUACUGCAAGAGCAGCUGAAGAACGGCGCGCCUGCUGACAAGCAGCUAGAGGAGGCGAGGGCACAUGCAGCAGCAUUGGAGAUGGAGCUACAAUCCAUGGCCUCCCGCUGCGAGGAGUGGAAGCGGAGGGCGGGGGAGAGGGCGGCGGAGAUGCACCCAGCCAUGGUGCAGGCGCUGCUGGAGGAACGCCUGGAGGAGCUCGACGAGUCGGGAGUGCUGGCCUUGCAGGUGGAGUGCGCUCGUCUGCGCGACGAGCUGGCCAAGUCCGAGGUGCUGCGGUUUGAGCUCUACCGCAGCCUGGCGCAGGGCGCAGUCGAAGUGGAGAGCAGGUGGGAGUCAGAGGCGUCGGGCAUGUCACCGCGGAGGGAAAGCAGCUUGGGCCGUAGGGAUGAGGAGAGGCAUAGUAAUGAUGGUGAUGCUGAGGAUGCAUCAGAGCGACGAACAACCCCUGUAACGAUGGAGUGCGACGAGUCGGUGGUGCAGGAGCUGCUGGAGCUGGGACAGGCGUCGCUGACGCAAGAGGAUGUCACGCGGCUGUCAGAGGCAGUCGAGGCGGCAGAAAGGCGGGCAGAGAAGGCAGAGAGGGAAGCAGAGCAACGGGCGGUGCAGGUGCAGCUGCUGGAAGCGAAGAUGGCUGCAAUGUUGAGCGACAGUCCCAUAGACGAGCACAAGCGAUCCCCUUCUCUCAUCUCCUCCUCCCCCAUCUCCUUUGGCCUCUCCCCCAUUGCCUCCUCCUCCUCGCCCGACCCCGCCUCCAUCACCCGCUCCAGCAGCAGCAACGCCUCCCAGCACGACCAGCAACACAGCCAACAGCACGGCCAGGAGGAAACUGUACAGUGCAGCCAGCAGCAACGGACAUUCCAGCAGAACCAACAACAACCAGGGGGUCAAAGCCAGGGCACAGGAGCACAGCCUGGUAUAGGAGGCGGCGAGAAAAGAGAGAACUCGGGAGCAGAAUUGGCAGGACCAGCACCAAGGGUCAAUGGUGUGAGCAGCAGAGGGAGCAAUGUGGUGGUGGCGGAGGGGCAUGAAUGGGUGGGUGCUGGAAUUGACGGGAAACAUCACGCAGCAUUCGAAAGAAGCGCUCUAGGUGCGGUUGUGGAGCAACGGGGAGGGACAGAAGCAGGAGAGAAGGAAGAAGAGAUGGAAGAAGUGGAGGAGAAUGAGGUGGAGGAGUUGAGGCAGUUGGUGCAGAGCGUGCGGAGGCAGAACCGGCUCACCCACGUGCUGCUGUCCGUGGUGUUUGCUGCCUCCAUCCCCCCUCUUCUAGGCAUGAUUCGCGGGCUCUUUGACGGGGGGCGACCGUACCAGCCUAAGAGGCCGGGCCAACCGCCGCAGGUGACACGGGUUUCCAUCAGGAGCUAGUAGCUGGUCAGGCAGCUGUAGUGGCAGCAGGGGCAGCAGUGGCAGCAUUAGCAGCAACAGCAACAGCAGCACCAGAAGCAGCACCAGAAGCAGCACCAGAAGCACCAGAAGCACCAGCAGCAGCACCAGCAGCACCAGCAGCACCAGCCAGCAGGAACAGAGGCAGCGUAACUGGGCACAUUCCUAUGAGUAGUCACACGUGACAAGUAGCUGUAUCAUCCUUAGUACGACCAUCCACAACCACCCACCGCUACUGCCACCAUGCACCAUCACCGCCUCGGCCAUUCAACACCCUUGAGCCCCACUUGGUUCUGAGGUGACUUUUGAAUCGACUUAAAAGUCACUCGUUACAAUGUCACACACCACUGCUACUGCCACCAUGCACCAUCACCACCACUGCCUCCGCCAUUCACCACCCUCGAGCCCCACUCUUGGUUCCUCCUGCCAGCCAACGAGUUUGAUCGCAGCCGUGAAAUGAAAUUUGGUUUUGAGACGUCUCAAAACCAAGAUCAUUGCCACCACAUCCGUCAAGGAGGUUGACUGCAGCCGCAGUGGCGCUUUUCAUCUUUCUUUAAGAAUCACAACUCAACUGCCAACUCGUCCAACAACCAGCUCACGAGCUCUCUCUUCACAAUCGGUCACAAGGCUGAAUGUCACUCAUGUAACUUAUUCUUUGGUAGCAACACCAUCUGCAAAUCAACACCUGCCAACAACAGCACCACCGCCAUCAGCACCAUCAGCACCAUCACCAUCAGCACCAUCAGCCAUGCACCGGCUCCCAUCCCUCCUUCAUCCAGCCAUGUGCCCUGCUGUGCGCCCGCCAUAGUCACCCGCUUCUGUUGACGCAGCUGCCUGAGUUUGUCACCACAGAAAUUGGAUUCGUUUCAUCCCCAUCCUGCCAUGCACCAGCUCCCAUCCUUCCGCCAUGCAGCCAUGUUCCCUACUGUGAGACGGCCACGGAUGGACCACUCCUAUCCUUCCACUCAGUAGCACUAAUUUUCAGAGGCGUUAACGCAGGAAAUUUGGGUCCAUCUAAGCCCCAUCCUUCCACAGAGCUUCCAUCCUUCCCGUAUGCAGAUAUCUACUGUGCUGUGAGCCUUCUACAGCAAUCAGCUAUGACCAGCUCCUUCCUUCCUGCAGAGUUCCUCGCUAGGGCAACAUGCUGCUGCGCCCUCCCAUCCGGAUUCCUGCAUAGCAGCACUAUUACAAGGUCCGUCAUGUUCCCAUCACUUUGUCUUGGUGCACUGCAGUGCAGAUCUUUUAGGGCUUCGUCACAAGGUGAAUCUCCACCACAAAUCAGAGGGCACGUCCUCCAAAUGUUUUGCGGUUUUGCACUACCACUUUCGCGUAGAUUACAUAUGUAGCUUGCAUUGUAGAAAUCUUCCCUAUCUAUUGAUUUGUACUAC